CUUUACGGCAUCCAUUGACAUAUUACGUAAACAAGAUGGCGGCUCCCACAGGCGUUAGCAAAGGUGCUGCGCUCACCAAAGCAGAUUACUUAAAACGAUAUUUAUCAAACGAUGAAAGCGGCAAGAAGUCCAAAGAGAAGAAGAUUAAGAAGAAACGACCAAAACCCACAGGGAGAGGGAUGAAAAUUGUGGACGAUGACAUUGACUGGAGACAUCUGGCUGUUAACAACGAAGAGAAUAACAAAGAGGAUGACGACGAGGAAGCGCCUGUGAUUGCAGAAGUGAUAGACGAACGCCCAGAUGAGAUUAAGCAACUUGAAGUAUUUCGAACAGGCAACAAGUGGAAAGUGAUGGGUGCAACAGAGGAAGAUCCCCAAGAAACUGAGGACUCAAAACUAGAUAGAAGCCCAGAUGCUGACAGAGGUAGAAUACGACACGACUCAGAAACUUCUCCUGUACAGAGGACACGCCAUGAUUCGCCUGAGCAUUCACCCAAGAGGCUUCGCCAUGACUCACCGGAUCUCUCACCUCAGAGAAGCGGUCGCCACGACUCACCAGAUCCCUCACCUAAAAGAAGACGUCAAAACGAUUCACCGGAUCUUUCACCAAAAAGACAAGGUCGCCACGACUCACCAGAUCUCUCACCUAAGAGAGACCGAACAAAGAACAAAAACAGACGACCCGACUCCUCAUCGCCUUCCCCUCCAAGAAAGAGCAACAAGGGCUCCCCUUCCAGAAUUCAGAGGCAGCACAAUAAAGACUCCCCACGUAGAGAAAGGACAAAAGCUGUCACUGCAGGUGACCUUUCACCUCCCAGGAGACGAGCCCAAACAGGCAAAGGCUCAGACUCGGACCAGUCCCCUCCACGCAGGCGUCCCCAUCGGAGACAGGAUGCAGGCUCUGAUCUGUCUCCACCUAGAAAGAGAGGCCAGAUUGGUAGAAAUUCAGAUUCGGAUCUCUCCCCUCCCAGGAAGAAGCCACAGGGAGGCCGUGGAUCUGAUUCAGACCUGUCCCCACCACGAAGGACACGCUCACCUGAUAGACAGACAGGCCCUCGAAUGUUAUCUGGUGGCGCUGCUGGGCUAGUCUCUGUAGAUAUCCUCAGGAAAGAGCAGGAAGACAUUCGCAGAAGGGAAAAACGCAACCAGCCUCUAGAAGAGGAAUCCAGAAAUGCACAGACCACCUUCAGAGAUAAGGCAGGUAAGGUACGUGACCUGGAGUCGGAGAGAGCCGAGAAAAGAAGAAAAGCUGGAGAGAAGGCGGAGAAGGAUGAGAAAUAUGCACAGUGGGGAAAAGGGCUUGCACAGGGUGAAAUGCAGCAGCAGAAUUUGGCAGAAGCCAUUCGGGAGGCUGAGAAGCCGCUAGCACGACACAUUGAUGAUGAAGACCUGGAUCGCAUGCUGAGGGAGCAGGAAAGGGAUGGAGACCCUAUGGCUGCCAUGCUUCGCAAAAAGAAAGAGAAAACUGCCAAAUUAAAGGGAAUAAAAGCAAAACCUGUUUACAAGGGACCCCUCCCACCUCCAAAUCGCUUUAACAUUAUGCCCGGGUAUCGCUGGGAUGGAGUGGAUAGGUCCAACGGUUUCGAACAAAAACGCUUCUCCAGGAUCGCUGAUAAGAAAGCUGUACAAGAAAUGGCAUACAAGUGGAGUGUGGAGGACAUGUAAAUGUACGUGGAGAUCCAGAACUAUGUAGAUAUUGUUGAUGUAAAAACUGUCCAUCAGUAUUGUUUCAACUACACUUGAACACAGCGAAUAGUGGAGCUUCUUUUACGUGAAAUUGUAAAUCAGGAUCAUACAGAAAGAUGUUGUGUUUGCGGUUCAAUGAUAAGAAACAUGCUUUGCUUAUUGAACUUAUUAAAUGUUACUUUUUUAUACAAA